GCACUGCACCAAAUCACAAUUCUGACAGAUACACAUCGGAGGAAAAACAUGAAACAGUAGGAAAGCAAAAACAAAAACUAUUACCCAUCAUAUCCAGUGCAGUAUGUGAAUUUGAAUCGUUAAAUGCAAGAGAAGUUCUUUCCGGCUAAGACCAUGCUCAAAAACUGAUAUGUAAGUUACCUGUUCUUUGAUGCAUGCUGUUCUAUACUCUUCACUUUGCGAAUCUCACUUCGUUUGUUAUCGACCCAUAAGGAACACUGCUGAAACGUAGCCAAACGAGAAUCGUUGAUGCUCCAGUUCUGGCCAGGAGGCAGGAGAAUCAUGAGCACCAGUUAUCCGGAUGCACCACUCGGGGUGCGUCUUGUAACGGCAAUAACCGGGAAACUUUGCCCGCAAUGGCAAAUAAAUCGGCUGCUCUGGUUCAAAUGCUCUGUUCUCGGAUUAACGUACCUAGCCUACAUGUGCUACCACAUGACAAGGAAACCAAUUUCUAUUGUGAAAGCGGUCCUACAUCGAAACUGUAGUCAAGCACAAAUUCCACCGGAGUUUGUUAGCAAUGGCGACUUUCCACCGAAUGAUAGCACCUGGUGUGACUAUCCACCCUUCGAUGGAACUGACUCUGCGGCGCUAUUGGGGACACUCGACACGUCCUUCCUGUUCUGUUACGCUAUAGCAAUGUUCUUAUCCGGGUUCAUAGCUGAGCGAGUAUCAAUUCGUUAUUUUCUGACCUUCGGAAUGUUACUUUCUGGCAUAUUCUGCUAUCUGUUCGGGGUAGCCAAAGUAUAUGAUAUCCAUUCAUUCAUGUACUUUGUGUUUGUACAAGCAAUGGCCGGAAUCUUCCAAACCACUGGGUGGCCAGGCGUUGUGACCAUCGUUGGUCGUUGGUUUGGGAAAUCCAAACGGGGUUUGAUAUAUGGUAUUUGGAACAGCCAUACAUCGAUUGGAAACAUUUUGGGCACAUUAAUUGCCGCGUAUUACGUGGAAAGUGAUUGGUCUAUGUCCUUCAUUGUGCCCGGAUUCAUAAUGGGUGUUUUUGGGUUUGUGAUGUUUUUGUUUCUGGUUGAUCGACCAGAAAUCGUGGACUGUCAUGAAAAAGUCGGCGACAGAAGGGGAAGUUAUAGGAAAAUGGACGAUGGCAGAACUGGAGAUGCUGGGAAUUCGGAUGUGGAAGAUCCAGUUGCCACCAACAGCGAGCAGGAAAAUCCUUCACUACGAAGCUUGCACGGUAGCUUCCAUUCUAAUAUAGAUAUUAAUGAACGCACACCAAUAAUAGGCAGCAUUAACAGAACCGUCCCACAAGAGGAAGCGAUCGGUUUUAAGGAAGCUUUGAACAUUCCAGGAGUUGUAGAGUUUUCCUUCUGUCUUUUCUUCUCUAAACUAGUUAGUUAUACGUUCAUGUACUGGCUUCCUUUGUAUAUUGGAUUCUCGACGAAAAUGGGCGCUGAGCUGAGUGGUAAAGUAUCGACGUUAUUCGAUUUAGGAGGAAUAGUUGGUGCUAUUGCAGCUGGCAUGAUUUCGGAUUAUUCUGGUAUGGCAGCUACUACAUGCGUUGGAAUGCUAGCAGCAGCUGCUCCUACGCUUCUGAUUUAUCAGCAAUAUGGUGCAGUUUCUCUAUCAUUCAACAUACUUCUGCUGUUCAUAGUAGGUGUACUCGUUAAUGGGCCAUAUGCUCUCAUUACAACUUCUGUUAGCGCUGAACUAGGUCAACAUCGCUCUAACGGAAAUUCUAAGGCUUUGGCGACUGUAACGGCUAUUAUAGAUGGAACUGGAUCUAUCGGUGCCGCAAUAGGACCAUUACUGGCUGGCUUCGUAUCGUCUUCCGGAUGGGAAAAUGUAUUUUAUAUGCUGAUUGUGUCUGAUUUAUUGGCACUAUUGUUGCUUUUGCGGUUGGUGUCGAGAGAGCUUACGCGGAAUUCACGGCGGCGCAAUGUUCGUAUAGAAUAACCUCGAGAAGGGGUGUCGUUAACUAAGUAAUAAUCAAAAUCGCUACUCUCUUGUUUAGCAUUUAUUCCAAUGUUUUGAAACAUUUUGACUAUUACAUUGUAUAGUGGAAACUCGUAUUAGUAAAAAUUAAAUAUUCCUAC